AGGGUAGAGCGGCACACGUUCUCCCCCUUUCCGCAUUCUCCUCGUCGUCGGUCUUUUUGCGAGAAAGGGCGGUCGGUUUCCCCUCUUCCCGGACCGCUAGUGGGAGCCGCACGAAACCAACCGCGUUAGAUUGCAUUGACACAAAGCCCUGAGACUCCUCAGCACAAUGACUCACGCAGAAAUUAAAUUGUGUUCUUUGUUGCUGCAAGAGCAUUUCGGAGAGAUUGUAGAAAAAAUUGGAGUCUACCUAAUCAGAACUGGCAGCCAGCCCCUGAGAGUAAUAGCCCAUGACACAAGAACAUCACUGGAUCAGGUAAAAAAAGCCCUUUGCGUCCUUAUCCAACAUAAUUUAGUGAUAUAUCAAGUGCACAAACGUGGUGUGGUGGAGUAUGAAGCCCAGUGCAGCCGGGUGUUGCGAAUGCUUAGGUAUCCACGGUACAUCUAUACUGCCAAAACACUGUACAGUGACACUGGAGAGCUAAUUGUUGAAGAGCUGCUGUUGAAUGGGAAAAUGACAAUGUCAGCUGUUGUGAAGAAAGUGGCAGACCGGCUCACAGAGACUAUGGAGGAUGGCAAGACCAUGGACUAUGCUGAGGUAUCAAACACAUUUGUGCGACUAGCAGACACACACUUUGUGCAGCGUUGCCCCUUGGUGCCUGCCACUGAGAAUUCAGAUCCUGGGCCACUGCCGCCUGCUCCCAACCUUGUCAUCAAUGAAAAGGAUAUGUACGUGGUUCCUAAACUGAGCUUGAUAGGGAAAGGUAAAAGGAGGAGAUCAUCUGACGGAGAAGCUGCUGGGGAGCCCAAGGCCAAGAGACCAAAGCAUACCACCGAAAACAAAGAGCCCAUUCCAGAUGAUGGGAUUUAUUGGCAAGCCAAUCUUGACAGAUUCCACCAGCACUUCCGGGACCAAGCCAUUGUCAGUGCAGUUGCCAACAGGAUGGAUCAGACCAGCAGUGAGAUUGGGCGGACCAUGCUCCGGAUGAGUGAGAUUACUACUCCCUCCAGUGCCCCCUUCACACAGCCACUCUCUUCCAAUGAGAUCUUCAGAUCUCUACCUGUUGGCUAUAACAUCUCUAAGCAAGUUCUUGAUCAGUAUCUUACUCUACUGGCAGAUGAUCCACUAGAGUUCGUUGGAAAGUCUGGUGACAGUGGUGGAGGAAUGUAUGUCAUCAACCUGCAUAAGGCUUUAGGAUCCCUAGCCACAGCCGCUCUGGAGUCCGUCGUACAAGAGAGAUUUGGGUCUCGCUGUGCCAGAAUAUUCCGUCUAGUUUUGCAAAAGAGACAUCUGGAGCAGAAGCAGGUAGAAGACUUUGCAAUGAUUCCAGCAAAGGAGGCAAAGGAUAUGCUUUAUAAGAUGCUCUCAGAAAAUUUCAUAUCACUCCAGGAAAUUCCCAAAACACCAGACCAUGCUCCAUCCAGGACCUUUUAUUUAUAUACUGUGAACAUCAUGUCAGCUGCCCGAAUGUUGCUGCACAGGUGCUACAAGAGCAUAGCCAACUUGAUAGAAAGGAGGCAAUUUGAAACCAAAGAGAACAAACGUCUACUAGAGAAGUCUCAGAGGGUAGAAGCCAUCAUUGCAUCUAUGCAGGCUACAGGUGCAGAGGAGGCACAGCUACAAGAAAUAGAGGAGAUGAUCACAGCCCCUGAACGCCAACAGCUAGAGACCCUGAAACGUAAUGUUAAUAAGUUGGAUGCCAGUGAGAUCCAGGUAGAUGAAACCAUCUUCCUGCUGGAGUCAUACAUUGAGAGCACCAUGAAGAGACAAUGACCCAACAUAAGAGUCUUCCUCAAACGAUCUGGGAGGAUUGUAAAGAAAAAUAAAGGAGAUGCCUAUAUAUA